AUGGCGACCGAGCAGACGGUCACGCAGCCGCUGCGCAUUUCAAAGACACCCACGCCAUCGCCCACCAAGGGGUCCUUGCCGAGGCCCUUGUCUGAGAUUCCAGUCACAGAGAUGCGACGCAACUCACCAAGCUUCCACCAGUCACCAAACAAGAAAUUGGCACUCCAUACAGACUCAUCCCCAUUCCAGUCGUCACCUCUGGAUGGCACCACCUCACCACGAUUAUUCUGGCAGAACCGCCACGCCACCAGCACCAACACGGAGAAUGAUCUUUACGGAGGGCGCAGUGGCUCUCCUUCCCCCACACGCCGCUCCUCUAUUGAGCGCUUGCAGAAAGCUUCCCGUGUCAAGAACAGCACCAUGUUCGCUCGCGAGCAAAAGCAAGAGUACGAUCCUACCCGUGUCCUGACCGUCGAGCGGCCCCUUGCCAAGGUGCAGGGCAACACGUUCGGGAGCACUGGUAGCCCCUUUCGUCCUGGCCAUGGCCGGAGCGAGAGCACACCCACAAUCCCGCUUUUCAGCCCGACCAAGUCAUCGACUUCUUCGACUGCCAUGGCUGAGCCACGCACCCCAAGCAAAGAUCAGGCCUCCCCCAUGAAAUCAUCGCUCGCUUCAGCCCGAUUCCGAGGAAGCCACAACUCCGAGCAUACCGAGGCCUCUGUUGAUGACUCUUUUGAUGAACACGAACUGCCAGCGGGCAAGUCACUGCACCGUCAUGCCAAAUCCGUCACAUUUGAUGCAGCACCUCCACAGAUCAAUGAGUAUGAAAUGGCAACUCCAGACAUCUCCUCAAUUGGAAGCAAUUCCAGGGAGGGUAGUUAUGAGUCUUUCGACGACGAUGAGGAUGAUGAGUAUCGUCACUAUGCAGGAGGUUCUCACGACCUGCAGGAUGACAGCUUCGAUGCCUCACUUGAGGACACCGACAAAACACCUGUGGUCGGGCCAGAUGACUGGAGACAAGACCUUGAUCAUCGUUUCGAAAGCAGCCCAAUGCCGGAGGGUAAUCCCUCUCCGGCUGCCACAGCUAGACCUCCCCAUGCUCGCAGCAACUCUGCUACUUCCAGCGCAGAGCACAGGCCCCUUCCUCCCCUGCCAGGCACAAGUCCCUUGGGCAGUCAAUCACAAGGUCUUGCUUCUACUGCAGAGCGCAUGCUGGGCUCACAAGGCUCUCCAAGGACCCUGCCAUCGCCCCCGGCUGCUGCGGCCAGCAAGUCUGAGAUCCAGAAUAUCGGGCAUGGAAAGAUGUCGCUUGAGGAGCGGCUCAAACUCAUGAUGCUCUCAGAUGAAACCAGUCCUAAGACUGUAGACCAGUCUGCUAAGUCUCUGGCGGAGCAGCAGCAAAGGGAGCGUCGCAUGAGACGCGCCGGAGCUCGCGAUAGGCUCGCGAGUCCCACUCCCGAGCGUGAAACGUCCACGCCAGUGCUGAGCGCACAUGAAGCAGAGGAGGCAGAUGAUACCCUGGGAGAUUUGUCGGCUUUCGACAUCGACUAUCAGCUUCCGAGCAUCUCAAGACAGUCGAUUUUGAAUCGAGUCAACGGCAACAGUGAUUACAACUUUGGUACACCUGCACCAGAUUCGAGCCCAGCUCGCAACACGGCUUAUGAUCCCGACGUUCCAAUCGCCAGCAUAGAAGAGUCGAUCUUGGAGAACGAAACUGUCGCGGAUGAUGAGAGCGUCGUCAUCCAUCCCGUUCAAUAUGAACCAUCUGAACUCUCUGACAUGUACGAGCAUUCAGAAGACGACGAAGUGUCUUCCAUGGACGACAGUUUCGACGACGAUGACAGCGACAGCCACUACUCCGAUGACGCAGAACCUGGAAGAACUGCUGCAAAGGAUGAGGACUCUGCCUCGACGCCACGCGCUGGAACACCAACUGAACAGCGUGUUGUGACAAACUUCAGUGCUUCGCUACCGCAGGUGAAUAGCCAUAGCUCUCGAGACUCUGACUUCAGCCGCAGCUUCCAAACAUACAUGCUGCCUAAAGCCAAAGACGCCGAUGCCGUUACGCACCAGGAGACACACAGAUCUCCCGAUGACAAGGAGCAUCACAAGCGACCCAGAACCCCAGAGAAGAUUGUCUCGAAGCCGGAGUAUGACGGUACUGGUUGGGGAGAACCUGAAGAAGAUGAGGAGCUGGGCACGCCAGAGUCCGUCAUCCAUCAUCCCGUCUCGGAGGAUGAAGAUGACUACACCGUGGAUGAGAUUGACGAGCCGGUUGAGUCCCCUGCCGUCCCCGAAGAAAUGGCCACCAUCAAGGCCUCCGGAUCAAAGCUCAAGACUCGUCCUUCGGCAACUCCCGCUGAUCUGGCAGCAAUGAGAGAACAGCGACGAAUCGUAAGCAGAGAAGUACCUGGUGUCCCGCCAGUUCCAGAAAAGCAUCGCGCCCGCCUGUCGCGGGACUUUGGCCCAGACCGCCUAGGUCAAUCUACAGGCAGCGAUUUCCUCGAGCGACAUCCCAGCUUCAAGAAGAGCAGUCUUACUUUGGAUCUGGAUCUCGGUCUCAGCCUGGAUCAAGAUUUUGAUCGAGUUAUCGAAGCACAAAAGGUUGGACAUACCCCUACUUCACCGGAACAGCGAGGUUAUCUGAUGCGCCAGAACACGAAGCUUGUUGCUGCUAGUGAUCGGCCACUCAGUGGUGGUGACCCUGAUGCUGUCAGGAAUGGCACGCGAUCUGCCGGCAACUCGCCCGUCAAGCAACAGCGUCCUCAGUCAUGGACUGUCGAGCCAUGGAACGGUAAAGUUCGUCAUAGCAUCAAAAGACGUCAUGGUCCGAGUCUGAGUGGACCCGUGCCCCCUUUGCCUGGUCAAGAGAGCAAUGCUGUCGCUAUCAGCACUGUAAAGGAGGAGACACCAGAGUCUGCUAUUGAAGAGUCUGGUGAGCGUGGUAGACUAUUCGUGAAGGUCAUGGGCGUUAAGGAUCUCGAUUUACCCCUGCCAAAGAAUGAGCGGACCUGGUUUAGUCUGACUCUAGACAACGGAGUUCACUGUGUCACCACAGCUUGGUUGGAGCUUGCCCGCAAUGCACCAAUCGGACAGGAGUUCGAACUCGUUGUUCCGAACGACCUUGAGUUUCAGCUCACACUGAACGUCAAACUCGAGAAGCCUGAACCACAGCAGUUGCCUGUCUCUCCUAGCAAAGUAUCCCGUCCCAAGCCUUCGACCUUUUCUAGGGUCUUCGCAAGCCCGAAAAAGCGCAAGGAGAUGGAAGCACGUAUGAAGGCCGAAGAGGAGGCUUUCGCGCUAGCUCAACGUGAAGCUGCCGUCAGACAGCGAAAGACUGCCCCCACGGCCUGGGAUCUUCUCUCACCAAUCGCAGCAGAAGACGGUAGCUUCGCACGAUCAUAUGUGUGUCUUAAGGAACAUGAGUCGCGCUGCUACGGCAGACCUUAUAUGGCUGAGAUUGCCGCCUUUAACGAGUGGGCUACUGAGGACGCAAACUUCGCGAGCAGCGUCAAGAGCAAGAGAAACGACGCCAGCAACUCCGUUGUCCGCAAGGCGCCCUACAAAAUCGGCAAGCUUGAAGUUCAGCUCCUCUUUGUGCCAAGACCCAAGGGUGCAACUGAUGAUGAUAUGCCCAAGAGUAUGAACUCAUGCAUCCGGGAGCUCAAAGCCAGUGAGGAGAGACUACGAAGGAAUUGGGAAGGACCCUUGAGCCAACAAGGUGGCGAUUGCCCUUAUUGGCGUCGUCGUUACUUCAAGUUGGUUGGAACGAAAUUGACCGCUUACCACGAGGCGACUCGCCAGCCACGUGCCACGAUUAAUUUGGCGAACUGCAAACGCCUCAUCGAUGACCGCCGUCAGCUCAUGAAUCCUGAAACCACUGGCAAGGGUGGCCGUCGUCGGCGUUCUGCGUUUGCCGAGGAAGAAGAAGGCUACAUGUUUGUUGAGGAAGGUUUCCGCAUCCGCUUCAAUAACGGCGAGCUCAUCGACUUCUACGCUGACACGCCAGAGGACAAAGAAGGUUGGAUGAAAGUCCUUGGAGACAUCAUCGGCCGUGGUGGUAGUGAUGACGAUGAUGGAUCCGUGAGCAGCCGCAGGAAGUGGUGUGAUCUCGUUCUCAAGCGGGAAGAGUCGCUGCGGAAGCGCGCUGAAGGCAAACGUGUCCAUUCCAGGACCAAGAGCAUGAUCAUCUGA